UGGGAGUGGUUACGUCAUGGAAGCAGUGGCAGAUGAUGGCGGAAGUGACCCCUGUUAACACAUGCCCCAGUGUGGCUGUACUGUCUGCUGAUGUCCCCCGCACUUAGGGUACCAUGCAACGGGGGGGCCCUGUAAGGGGGGAGGAGGAGCAGCGAAGGGGAACCACAGAGCACCAUCUGCCCUCUGCUGCACACUCACCCCUCCCUGUCUUCAUCUUCCCUCCUGGACUGGAUUUCUAUGCUGAUGACCAAACUAGCCACAAGCAGGUCCUGACGCUGUACAACCCCUUCCCCCGUGUACUGAGAUACAAAGUUCUUUCCACUGCCCCGUUGCGGUACACCGUGGUGGAUUCUGAAGGUCUUGUCAAACCGAAUUCAUGCAUUGACAUAGUUACCCGGCACAGGGAUAUCAGUGCACGACAUUAUGGCACUACAGAUAAGUUUCGAGUUGAGGUUUGGGAAGAAGGGGGAGGUCGAGGUGCAGGAGGAAGGAAGGACAUCACUGCUACAUUGCACCCCACAAAACUGGCACAGAGAGACAGGAGUCCCCAAGUCCCACUAUCCUGGAACCAACCACCACAGGUGUUCUCAGUCCGACAAGAUACUUCAUAUCGCUAUACAGGGUUUCCACGGCCCAUCUCUUCAGGGCUUUUCAGCCUCUAUAUUUUGGUUGGAUUGGUAUCAUUGGUGGUCCUGAUGCUUCCAUUGCAUGGAGACCCUCGGAGUCUUCUUCAUGAGAACCUACACGUAUCCAUCAUACAGAAACUGGUCGCUGCAUACGUAUUAGGUCUUCUGACCAUGGUUUUUCUGCAGGGGUGACAAGUUGUUACAGGACAGUGGCCUUCUCAGAUUUUUCACAACAGUGUCCAUCAUUUUGUACAUUCCAUUUGUCAGAGGCCAAUGGAAAAGAGAAUACAGAGGUUAUUUGUGAUGAUCACAAGUAGAUGAUAGGACUGAAACAUUUUGAGACUAAAUAAAAGCAACAGAUACUUGAGUACCACAGGAUCUUUGACUACGGAUAAACUCUUUAUAAUGCAGGAGCUGAAUAGAAGGGUGGGGAUGUAUUUGUGUACUUGUAUUAAAAUUACACAGCAGUGCAGACAUAUUUUAAAUUACUAUAAGGUCUCUAUAAUAAGUGCGCCCCCACCCAGAUAUUUCUGUUUAAAUUUUAUCGAAAUUGUACAUUUUGUUCCUUGGUAGAAAUAACAAAAUUAUGUUUACGCAUACAUUAAUGAACAUACUUGUUAUUACUACUAGCUAGUAAAGUUUUAAAAUUGUUAUAUUCAAUGCCUUAACAUUUUAAAUGUGAUAGUGAAAAUGCAUAUAUGAAUUUGUAAUGAUAGUAUAUGAUAAAUAGCUUAGUAUUCACACAAUUGUGAUGAGACAUUCCGGUGAAGACCAUUUUGAGGCGCUAAAUUUGCAAUAUACAUGAAAGAAAAGAAAACCUGCCUUAGCUGUAUCUGGGCCCUUGGGAGCAUACACAGUUGUUAUUUGUCAGUACAUUUAUUGCAUGCACUUGAGACAGGCAGGCACCAAUAAGCAACUGUUAGUUCACCUUGUGCCAAUCUCAGAGUACAACAAGUAUAUUGCAGAGUUGCUAGGCAAAUUAUGUAUAUAUGUACAGAAUAUGUACUUAUUUUGUAUGUUAAUAAGUGUAUAAAUCGCAAUUUGUAGUCAUACUUACUUAAAGGCAUGUUAAAGGGACAUUACGCACUUUGCGAUUGUAAUAUAAAGUGUUAAAUUAUGUGUAGUAAAACAACUUUGCAAUAUACUUUUAUUAUUUAUUUUGUCCGCUUCUCCUGUAAUUUAAUUUUGAAAAUUGUGGGUUUUCCAAUCCAUGUUAAAAGUGUAGAGCAGACUCCAGACUUAACACUUCUAUAUUCCCCAAUGUCAUUGGUUGCACGCUCUGGUGACUCAUUAACUAGUGACCCAUUUAUCAAGUAUCCCUAACUGGCUUCAGCAGAGAAGGAAACUUAGGUUACAACAUGGUGAUGCCCAUUGCUUUUAUAUAAAAAAAAAAACUUAUUUUUUUCAAUAUUUAAGUAACUAAUAAAACUUUAAAAACUUA